CGCACCCCGACCAAAAUCCCCCAUCCGCCGCACUCCACGCGCACGCCACCGCCCCCCUCACCCCGCUGCCGUGCUCGUCUCGUGCUCCCCCUCUCCUCCGCCUUUAGUCACCUUUCCCCCUCACUCUCUCCACGCGACCCAGAUCGAUCGCCGAGCUGCACCUGCACCUGCACCCCGAGGAGAGGAGAGGAGCAAUGGCGGCGGGGUACCGGGCGGAGGACGACUACGACUACCUCUUCAAGGUGGUCCUCAUCGGCGACUCCGGCGUCGGCAAGUCCAACCUCCUCUCCCGCUUCACCCGCAACGAGUUCAGCCUCGAGUCCAAGUCCACCAUCGGCGUCGAGUUCGCCACCCGCUCCCUCCAGGUCGACGGCAAGGUCGUCAAGGCCCAGAUUUGGGACACCGCCGGCCAGGAGCGAUACCGUGCUAUUACUAGUGCAUAUUACCGAGGUGCUGUUGGAGCGUUGCUUGUCUAUGAUGUCACCCGGCACUCAACCUUUGAGAAUGUUGAGCGCUGGUUGAAGGAAUUGAGGGACCAUACAGACCCAAACAUAGUUGUCAUGCUAGUUGGCAACAAGUCUGAUCUGCGCCAUCUUGUAGCGGUUCAAACCGAUGAAGGGAAGGCAUUCGCGGAGAGAGAAUCGCUCUAUUUCAUGGAGACCUCUGCGCUCGAGUCCACCAACGUUGAGAAUGCAUUUGCAGAGGUCUUGACCCAGAUCUACCGCAUCGUGAGCAAGAGGUCAGUCGAAGCAGGUGAUGAUGCAGGUUCUGGUCCUGGCAAGGGUGAGAAGAUCAAUAUAAAGGAUGAUGUUUCGGCGGUGAAGAAGGGCGGCUGCUGCUCGGGCUAAGCUCUUGCUGUAUUUUUUUUGGGACCUGUGUGAGCUUGUGUUAUCGCCGUUCCAGCGACUGAGAAAUUGUUAGUAGUAUUAGCAACUUCUAUGUUACGUAGAGAGUUUAUUGCUAUAACUGAAAGGUUUGGCCAGAUCAGUUUAGAUCUUCCUAUUGUUGUAUGGUCUCCGCGGCAACUGGGGCAUGGUGUUGGUUUUCAUGUGAAUCCAUUGCAGCCAUGCUUGAACUGUUGAAUCAAGUAGAAAUAUGUUUUACGCUUGCACGCUGUUGAUUUGGUAAAAGGGGAAAUGAUAAGCAGAGUGUACACUUGUACUA